AGAUGCACAUGCUUUCUGCAUGCCUGGGCUUAUAUACUUAGGACCCAGGGUAUUCGAGGCAGUGCACGGGCUGGGAUUGGCUGCGGUUCUACUGUCGGUCAGGUCAGCGGGCUGUGAUGGGUGUGCGCCGAUCCGCGCUGCGAGUGGAGCGGCGACGUCGCCCGCCCAGUGCCCACUGUCCAGGGUCCCGACUCCCCACUCCGGUGCAGCGCGGCGCGCCCCACGUGACCCCGCUCGGCCGCACGCGCUAUCGUCGCGAUCGGGCAUUCUCACUACCCAGCCAUGCCUCGCGCAAUCAUCUCCCCCUCUGUCCUCGCGUCCGACUUCGGCCAGCUCACCGCAGAGUGCAAGCGGAUGAUCAAGAGCGGCGCAGAAUGGCUGCACAUGGAUGUCAUGGACGGCCACUUCGUGCCAAACAUUACCAUGGGUGCUCCCAUCUUGUCAUGUGUGUCAAAGGGCGUACCAGGCAUCUUCAUGGACUGCCAUAUGAUGGUCGCCCAACCAGAGAAGUGGGUCAACGACAUCGCCGACGCAGGCGGCUCGCUCUACUGCUUCCACCUCGAGGCAACAUCGGAUCCCCUCCCGCUCAUCCAGGCGAUCCAUGAGCGCAAGAUGAAGGCCGGCGUCGCCAUCUCGCCCGACACGCCCUCCACCGCCAUCUCCGACGAGGUCGCUCAGGCAGCGGACAUGCUCCUCGUCAUGACGGUCUAUCCGGGUCGCGGCGGCCAGAAAUUCCUCGACCGCUGCGUUCCCAAGGUGGCCGAGCUGCGCGCACGCUUCCCGGACAAGGAUAUCGAGGUCGACGGCGGUGUGGGGCCGAAGACGAUCGAUGUCUGUGCAGACGCAGGAAGCAACGUCAUCGUGGCGGGCACUGCCAUCUUUGGCGCGGAGAACCCAGACGAGGUCAUCUCGCUAUUGAAGCAGACUGUGGAUACUGCGCAAGCGAAGAUCGCGGCAGCGAAAUAGAGGCGCGACAUACCCAACACGGUUCCAGCGAGCCGCCAGACGAAGUUACCACAACAUCUGUAGCUACUACAUAUUCGGACUGCAUGAAAU